AUACUUUGCUUUUGUGGAAUAAAUCUAAAAACUAUCAAUAGCAUAUUCUUCAGCUUUAUUUUGUGAAGGGACCCUUCCCGCUGUCAUGGUGUAACCGGCAUUUGUGGAACUCAGAGCCAGAGGGAGGGGUCUUCUGGGGGCGGGAGGAGUGGUGCUGAAUGAACAGCUCCCCCGCUCAUAAAACAAUCAGAGAGCUCCUGUGCUUCGUCAGACCAGCAGAGCCAUGAGCAGCGAACCGAGCGCUCCGUCCCGCAGCCGCGCGCUGACUCUUCCCCUGCGCCCCUGACGCACGCCGGCACCACCAUGAAGAGGCAAAACCUGCGGACCCUCGUCCUCAUCUUCUGCACCUUGACCUACCUGAUCGUCGGCGCGGCGAUCUUCGAUGCGCUGGAAUCCCAGAAGGAGACGAGCCAGAGUGUGGAGCUGAACGCGCGCAAAGAGGACCUGCGCCACAGGUUCAACCUCUCCACGUCGGACUUCGAAAAACUGGAGAACGUGGUCCUGCACCUGAAACCGCACAAAGCCGGACUGCAGUGGAACUUUGCGGGCUCCUUCUAUUUCGCCAUCACUGUGAUCACGACUAUAGGAUAUGGCCACGCCGCCCCCAGCACGGAUGGAGGGAAAGUCUUCUGCAUGCUCUACGCCCUCUUGGGCAUCCCUCUCACCUUGGUCAUGUUCCAGAGCCUGGGCGAGCGGAUCAACACCUUCGUCAGGUACUUGCUCCACCACCUAAAGAAGUGCCUUGGGAUGCGGCGCACGGAGGUCUCCAUGGUGAACAUGGUGAUCGUGGGAUUGGUGUCUUGCAUGACCACGUUAUGCGUGGGGGCGGUGGCUUUCUCCCACUUCGAGGACUGGAGCUUCUUUCAAGCGUACUACUACUGCUUCAUCACGCUGACCACGAUUGGCUUUGGAGACUAUGUGGCGCUGCAGAAGGAAGCAGCGCUGCAGAACAAGCAAGGCUACGUGGUCUUCUGCUUCAUUUACAUCCUGAUGGGUCUGGGAGUGAUCGGCGCCUUCCUCAACUUGGUGGUGCUGCGCUUCAUGACCAUGAACUCGGAGGACGAGAAGAGGGACGCUGAGCAGAGGGCUCUUCUCGCCCAUAAGGGGCAAGCAGGCGGAAGCAUCACCUGCACGGUGGACCCGGCGUCCCCCUCCUCCACCGGGUGCGGCGGGGGCAACGCCGCCUGCGGGAACAGCGGGGGAGCGGCGAGCCGCGGCCUGCGUAACGUUUACGCUGAGGUUCUCCACUUCCAGUCCAUGUGCUCAUGUCUGUGGUACAAAAGCAGGGAGAAGCUGCAAUACUCCAUACCCAUGAUCAUCCCACAUGACCUCUCCACCUCAGACACCUACAUGGAGCAGGGGGAGUCUUUCUCCAACCCCCUCUACUCCAACGGCUGCGUGUGCAGCCUGCAGCACUAUUCAGGCAUCAGCUCCGUGUCCACCGGUUUGCACAGCAUCAACACCUACAGAAGACUCAACAAGCGCAGAAGCUCUAUCUAAAAUCCAGAAGAACUUCCUUUUUGUCGUGCAAUAUUUGCAGUCCUAAAGAGGAAAAAAAACACUCCUGACCUUUGCUUUUUUCUGGAAUAGCCUGGUGCUGCAGACUCCAGACCAUAAAUUAACUUCCAAAAGCAAAGCACAAGUCAUUUAGCUUUUAUUUACACCAAUGCCUAAAAGAGACGAGAACUUGUGUCACUUCCUGUGUUACCAUUGCACUCCUGAAGCUGGAAUUUCCUGAUGUAAAAACUGUUUUCUGCAUCUUGAAGUGGACUCUAAGAAUAUCAAAGAGCGGGAGGAAACAACACUGUGAGAUAUGAUGGAUUCGGGUGUUUUAGCUGUAUAUAAUACCUUUCAUGAAAUAUUAAGCCUAAAUUACUGUAUUUUCUGGAGUAUAAGUCGCACUUUUGGGACAAAAGUCUGACAUUUCAGAACAAAUCCGCCAAGUCCAGCUUAGCUAAAAAAUAAAGAAAGAAAUACAUGAAUACUAAUCUUUUGAUCUGUAUAAGAAAAAUAUCAAAAUUAAGAGGAAAAUCAUCAAACUCUCUCCCAUGUUUGUUUUGGACGACACUUCUUCUGCUGCUGCCAAUAGCAAAUACUUAUAGUCAGAUGGAGCUCCCCCUAGUGGUUGUUAGAGGAAACAACCGCUAAAGAACAUCUGACGUUAAAUAUAUGUGGCUGUUUAUGUCUGAAAAAUAAAAAAAAACACACAAAUAAGUUGCACCCCUGGGUAAACUAUGAAAAAAACUUACGCCUCGUUCACAAGGCGACGCGGAAUGGGGACCGCUUCCAUUUGGCGCCCUUGUCAACCUAUGGUGUGGUUCACACCAGGCGCAGAGCGCCGCGGUCCUCCGCGGAAGACCCACUCCGUGCAGCGGAUCGUUUCCGAGUCUUGUCCAUUCUGUGCAGGAGCCGCGAGUGAUCCGCGUCAAUUCUGGCAGGAAGUUACAUCAAGAUACAUGAGAAAAUUUUUCACAAUAAAACACAGCGAUUGAAAACUGCGAUCAUGUUUUUUCAUCUAAACGGACUGUAGAGAUGACAAUAAACAUACAAUCAAAACACACACAAAAACAGACAGACACACACAGAUCAACGUAGUGGGCCGACUCCUGAGCGGGGGGCGGGGCUUGGUUUUGGACGUCAAAAAACAACAAGAGAGAGCAAUUCUUCUUAGCAGAAACAUGGGAGAAAUUUUUUAGGUUAUUAAUUUGGCAAAAACAAACAAACAAAAAGUUCUAGCAGAAGCGGAUGUCGUUCGCUGCGGAAAAAUGCACGUUUUGUGUGAAUUGCAGGAGAGCGCUCGCCGUGCGCUUCAACAUCCAGUGCGAACCAGGCGUUAUACUCCAGAAAAUAUUGUAGUUUUUUUUAUUUUAAGGUUUUUUUCUUAUUGGGGUUUUUGGUUAAGGUUUUUUUUUUUCAAACUCCAUUAUUUUCUCAUUUUA